AUGUCCGGCAAUGCAUUUGCUGUCGUCUAUGUGGAUCGCAAGACGCCCAUAACAGGUUUCCUGAACAAGAAUCUCGAUGGAUUGAAACAAGAGAACUGCUCCAAUGAGACUGAGCGCAACAUCCGCACCAUCAUGGCUGCCUUUGGCCAAGCUCAUGUUUGUGCCGAUGGCGUCUCUUGCUUGACGACAAUUGCACAGCUCGAUGAUUCCCGCAACCCUAACCCCAUUGUCGUGCUUCUCGAUAUGCCCCAAGACGACGAGCCCCCCGUCCGUAGGACCUCAUGGGAUUCCAACCCUCCUUCACCGUUAGUAGGGAAGCGCCCCAAGGUGGAGCGAAAUGAGCCGAGCGAUGUAUAUGGCGUCCACUUGCUAGCAUACUUGUCUUCGGAGAUUCAACAGCGCGUUCGUUCAAGGCUCGUCAUUCCGAUCGCUGUUCUUGCUGGCAAGACCGACUUAUUGGCUGAACCCACACGUAUGUCUCGUUUCUUGGAUGCUGGUGCCAUCGAUGUACUACCCAGUCCACUCGGGCUCGAUAGAGUCCAAGGCCUGGCUGUUCACGCAUACCGUACAUAUAAGGAGGUCACACGUGACGCCGCGAGCUUCGUGCUUGAAAAAAGAAACAGGAAGCUUUCAUGGGUGGGAAUCGAUGAAGAGCGUCCAUACGCCUACCUACGAGAGGUCAUGGUUUCCGGCCUGAUGAACGGCAUUUGUAACCCUGACUCGGUCGGCGAGUUUAUCGAUCCAAGCGAACUCAAAAUUGGCGAUCAAAGGAAAGCUGCUGUGGAGCAGGCCGUAGGCACUUGGGCGUUCUCAGCUCAUGACUUCGAUUCGGACGAGCUCCUAUACGCUGCUUUGACCAUGCUCCAGCAUGCCCUGCAGAUGCCCGAGUUGGAAAAAUGGCGCAUUUCCAUCGAUGAUCUUACCAUCUUCCUCUUCGCUUGCAGGCACGCAUACAACGACUUUGUUCUGUAUCACAACUUCCGUCACAUUGUUGAUGUUCUACAAGCCGUCUUCUACUUCCUCCUCCAGAUAGGCAUUUUGCCUCCUUACCCUAGCUCACAAGAUCAGGCUCCCAGGGCAGACCUUGCGCCAGUAGCAUCAUUGCUACAGCCAUUUGAUGCCUUGACUUUGCUCAUCUCCGCGAUCGGCCACGAUGUCGGUCACCCUGGUGUGAACAACGCCUUUUUGGUCGCUUUGAAUGCGCCGCUCGCUCAACUCUACAAUGACCGUUCGGUCUUGGAGGCCUUCCAUUGCGCAGCCUACUCGCAGAUCCUUCGCAGAUAUUGGCCACGAGCUUUUGCUGAUAUCCCCAUGCGCAAGUUGAUGAUCAAUUCAAUUCUGGCUACCGAUAUGGGCCUCCACUUCAAGUACAUGAUUGACAUGGGCAACUUACAAGAAAAGCUUUCGUCGAACGAAGACAGCAUCGAGGGUUGGACACCCAAAGCUCUCGAAGAGACUAGAGAUCUCGUCUGCGGGUUGUUGAUGAAGUGCGCUGAUAUCAGCAAUGUGGCACGCAAAUACGAUGUUGCAGCACGAUGGGCUGUCAUCCUCACAGACGAGUUCUCCAACCAAGGCGCCAUGGAGAAGGAGCUUAAUCUGCCAACCUGCUUGUUUGGCGGCCCUCCAGACCGUGAGGACUUGGUAAAGUUAGCAGAGUCUCAGAUUGGUUUCAUGAGUAUCUUCGCCGGACCUCUUUUCGAGGGUAUCACAGCAAUUUUGCCAGCCAUGAGUUUCUCUACCGUUGAGAUCGAGUCGAACAGAACCGUCUGGGAGGAGAAGAUUCAUAUCGAAAAAUUGAGAAGAGGAAACCUUCUGCCGACUCCAAUGGCUCAACCUUCGCCGCUCCGAACCGAGCUCUCCGUGGCUGAGGAGGAAUCUGAAGACAGCAGGGAGGAUGACAUUCCACCUGAACGAGAUUCUCUCUUUGGUCCGUCUCGUACGUCACAAACACAAAACGAAGCACAAGCGAUCAAGCCUGACAAUGCUCGGGCCAAUCCAGAACCGGCAUCACCCACUUCACCUGCCAGAGUUCGUCCAACCUCGGCAUCACCUCUUAAGAGCAACAAAAAGAAGUCGAGCACAGGGAGUUUCCAUGCACCAUUCUCUGUCCCAUUUCACCAACAUACAAACUCACGUCGAUCUUCAAAGGAUGCCGCACUUGAACAACUCGAACAAUUGCAACUGGGCCAGCUAAGCAGUUUCUCUCGUAUCGAGAACCAGAACCAUGACGGUGCUCGCCGGGGCAGUGGCGAUGCUUCUCUGACAACAAUUCUUGUCCGCAGCCAAACAGCACAGAGCAGACAGGAACCCGACUCACCAACGAAGCCGCCGCCAUCUCCUAACAGGCAGACUACAAGACCGCUUUCACCGCCCUCUCAAGCUGGCGUCUCGUCUUCUGUUCCUUCGUCUCGCAGUCAUGCCACUAGUAAUGCAACUGCAACGACUGCGACGUGUGCGCAUUCACCGACCUCUACACGGCCAUCUUCGGUAGAAGAAACGGAAGGUGAGACUCCGAAAGGAAUACAACCACCUCCUGUGUUAUCACUAGAAAAUCCGUUCUUGCACCCCAACUCAAGUCCGGAUCUACACGGCAGGGAAAGGAUAUCGCAUUCAGCACCAGAUAUUAGCAACAUCCCAGAAAUGCGUACGAGCAAAGUUAGUUCAGUAUCGCAUAUCACAGCAGACGGCGAUGAGGGCGAUGAAAAUCGCGGCAUGUCACAGACACCUCAUGGGAUUCGAGAGAGCCGUAGCCGAAGCAGGCUGAGAGGGCUUCGCUUCUGGAGGAAGAGGUGGAAGAGCCCUGGCCCCGGUACCGAGGUUGAUACAGAGCUAUGA